UCCCUCCACAUUUCACCAUACAAACACAACAACUUUUUAAACUCAAAAAUUUAAAAAUGCAUUUCCACUACUCUUUUUUCAUCAUCAUCUUCUUCACCUCACUUUCAACCACCAUAUCUCAACCAGAAAACCAUUUUCUGAAACCACCAUCAUCAUCUCUUCAUCUUCAACCUCAAGAAUCCAUUGAACUCACUCUUCCUCUUUCAACUACAAAUCUCCCAAUCCCACCACCAGAAUGUACUCUCUCUGUCUUCAACCACUCAUUUGCUUACACGUAUUCUCAACCUCCUUUCAAUGUCACUUAUUCUCCGCCACUCGAUUGUCCUCCUCCAUGGUCUCACGCUGUUCUUCAGUUUUCCGGCGAGAUUUCCGGCGAACAGUACGAUCGGAUCGCCGGAGUUUGGGUUUCCGGCGUUGAGAUUCUUCGGACUAGUACCCCUGAACCAUCGGAGAAUGGAACUUUCUGGAAGGUUGAGAAGGAUAUUACGAGGUAUAUGUCCGUUUUACAGCAGAGUAAUGUUAGUUUUUCUAUGAUGCUUGAGAAUAUUGUUAAUGAUGAAUUUACUGGUAUUUAUAAUGUGAGUGUUUCGAUUUUGUUUUAUAAAGAUGCGGAGGAGGUUGUGAAUGUUAAGAGUCGGAAAUUAGGGUUAGGGUUAGGGUUAGGGUUAGGAUCUGGGUUGGAAUUUGGGGAUUUGGGGGGUGGGGUUUAUGAAGAACCAGCUGAUUUAGUGAUUCCGAUCGCGGAUGAUGGGAAUCAAGAUUAUUGGUUUCGGAUUGAGAGUGAAUCUGAAAAAAUUGUGAGAAGUAUUGAGAUUCCGAUUAAUGCUAAGAGAGUUGUGCUUGAAUUGUAUGUUUCACAUCAUGGAGAUGAUGAGUUUUGGUACUCAAAUCCUCCGACUGAAUACAUUGAAAUGAAUAAUUUGACUACGAGUAGAGGGAAUGGUGCAUUUAGGGAGGUUUCUGUUAAAAUUGAUGGGGGAUUGGUGGGUUUUGUGGUGCCAUUUCCGGUGAUCUUUACCGGAGGAAUCAAUCCGUUGUCGUGGGAGCCUGUUGUUGCGAUCGGAGCGUUCGAUUUGCCGUCAUAUGAUGUUGAGUUGACUCCAUAUUUGGGUACCCUUUUGGAUGGAAAAAGUCAUAAGAUUGAGCUUGGGGUGGCUAAUGCUAUUAGUUUUUGGUUGGUUGAUGCUAAUUUGCAUGUUUGGAUGGACAAGAAUUCUUCUGAGGUUCAGGCAGGAAUGGGUGCUAUUGAGCCGACUGAAUAUGAAGACGAACGAGAGUGGAAGUUCAAGCAAUUGGAUGGAUCUUUUGAGUUUGAAAUUGAGAGAAAGAGCCAUACUUCUGGAUGGGUUAAUUGUAGUUUGGGCAAUUUUACCACAAGUGUAGCUCAGAAAUUGAAAUUCGAGAACAAAAUCGAGUUUCAACAAUCUGGUACACAAAAGACUGUUGAGCAAAAAGUGAAGGUGAAAACUGAAGUAAAGGUGGUAUCAGAUAUGGGUGUAUUGAUCUCUUCGAGAAGUUUGAAACGGGAGUAUCCACUUAAAAUUAGAACUUCCACGACUCCUGGGCCGGAAGAGGAUACGAGCUCGAUGAUUACAAACAUAUCACAUGAAUUGAAAGAGAAAUCUACUAGUGGUAAUUUGCAAACAUCAUUUCAGAACGUUCAAGAGUCAGGGGGUUCAAUGCUGCUAAAGGAUCAUUCAGUUCUUUCUGGUACAGCUCAAACUCAUCAAACUUUGAGCUACAAGGGUCAAUCUGGCUGCUUUUUGAGGAGCGCUCAAACAGCUGGCGGAGAGCUUCUCAGAGACGACUCAUCUGUUUGCUCGUCUCAUUUGAGCUGGUAGACUAAACUCAGAGUCCUGAACUCAUGAUUUUGCAUAUCCAUGGAAGAUCCAAAGGCUUUACCAGUAGAACAAUAAUGUCCAUGUGGCCAGUGCUCAGCUAGCUAUACUCUAUUCUCUUUUGUAUAGAAGUUUUUGUGUUGUAUGCAUGUGUGUAGUGUGCUAUUGUUUUUUCCAGAAUUUUUGUUGUCAUUCUUACCUUGUUUCGAUAUAGUUGAGAAUUUGUGAGGUUUUGAGGGAUGAAGUAUUGUGGAGGCAUCUGUUGCCAUUGCUGCUUUUUUCCCAUUUUCUUGUGUGUAGUAUGCUCUUUAUAUGAUUGACUGGAUUUUUUCUCGUUGCU